CUCUCCUUCAUCUCUUGCCUGCCUGCUCAUCCUUUGAUUGUCUACAGCCUAAACCCCAAAAUGCCAUCACUGUGGCAGUCUCCUCCCGGGCUCUCUUUGACAUGGUGAAAGACAGGAAAAUCUAUGAAGAGGAAGGGGUGGAAACCUAUGUGAAGUACCAGGAGGAAAAUGAGAACCUCCCCCUAAACCCUGGGCCAGCUUUCUACUUUGUCAAGGCACUGGAACAGGUCAAUGCCCGGCUUCGUGAACUGUACCCUAAGGAUGAAGAGCUAUUUGAUAUUGUUCUGAUGACUAAUAACCAUGCCCAAGUGGGAGUGAGACUCAUAAACAGCAUCAAUCACUAUGGUUUAUCGAUUGAACGCUUCUGUAUGACUGGUGGAGAAAGCCCUAUUGGUUACCUAACAGCAUAUCUUACCAACUUAUACCUUUCUGCCGACUCUGAAAAAGUCCAGGAAGCUAUAGAAGCAGGCAUUGCAUCUGCUACAAUGUUCACUGCAAAUAAAGAUGUACCUUACUCUGAUAAGCAGCUGAGGGUGGCGUUUGAUGGGGAUGCUGUUCUCUUUUCUGAUGAGUCAGAGCAGAUAGUCAAAGAGCAUGGAUUGGAUAGAUUUUUUGAACAUGAACAGAUGAAUGAGAAUAAGCCCCUUGCACAGGGUCCUUUGAAAGGUUUUCUGGAAGACUUAGGCAAGCUGCAGAAGAAAUUUUAUGCGAAAAAUGAACGAUUAGAUUGUCCUAUACGGACCUACCUCGUCACAGCUAGAAGCGCAGCAAGUUCAGGAGCCAGAGUGCUGAAGACUCUUCGUAGCUGGGGUUUGGAGAUUGAUGAAGCACUUUUCCUCGCAGGAGCUCCAAAAGGACCAAUUUUGAUUGGCCCAGAGUUUGCAUUGGGAAACCUAAAAGAAAGAAAAGGACUUCUACAUAAAAAUAAGGAAGGAAACCUUGCUAGAAGCUUUCAGUAUCUAAGAUCAGCCUAUACAUAGCUGAAUCCAUAUCCAUAAGUGCAUUUGUGAUCUUUUCUCUAUUAGUUCUAUAUAUUAAAUUCACCCAUAAUCAGUCAUUAAUAAAAAAUGUAAAA